AUGGCGGACGCUGUGCACAACGAACCAGAGGCGGACAUCCGCGCCUACGAACCUCAGGCGGCGGACGCCCAGCAUCUGCACGACGAAUCGGAGGAGCAGCAUCACAAAUCACAGAACGAUUCGAAUGCUACCCAGCCCGAGCGGGCCGAAGAUCUGGCCCUACAAAUCGCCAGCGGCAAGGUGUCCAAGAAAUCGUUCUUCGAGCGAUUUACUGUCCUAUGGGCUCAGCGGAAGAUGAUCGACAAGCUCAAGACGUCGCCUCAUGUGAAGCGCGCGACUGAAUUCGUGGGCAGCGGUACCAACAAGCUGCGCGAGCGUCUCAUCAACCAGCAGUACAUCGACAAGAAGAAGAAGGAGCUGAAGGAGAAGAUGAACAUGCCUCCCUUUGUGCGCACCAUCGACAAGCUCGGCUUCAUGAUGGGCAUUCUUCUCAUGCUCGUAACGGAGGCGCUCCUCACCAAGCCCAACGCCAUGUACCAGUUCUACACUGUCCUCAUGUUCCCCCUCAUGGUGUUCCGCUUUGCUUCGUACCACCGCAUGAAGUGGCACUACUUCAUGCUCGACUUUUGCUACUAUUGCCAGAUCCUGCUCCUGUUCUUCAUCUACUGGCACUCCUCGAACCCCAUCUACUUCCAGUUCGUCUUUUGCCUGAGCAAUGGUCCGCUUGCCGGAGCGAUCGUGAUGUGGAAAAACAGCCUCGUGUUCCAUGACAUCGACAAGAUGAUCUCGCUCUUCAUUCACAUUUACCCGCCCAUCGUGACCUACUGUCUGCGAUGGUGGCACAGCGAUAGCUUCGUCGUGUGCCGGGAUGCUGACUGCUCCAUCUCGUGGACCGCUUCGUUCUGGAUGCCGCUCAUGCUCUAUUCCUUCUGGCAGGCUCUGUACAUCUUCAAAACAGAGCUGAUGGACAAGAAGAAGCUGGAUUCGGACGCCAACAUCAUGACCUCGCUCCGUUGGUUCAUCCGGGAGGACAAGCCCCACCCCAUCUACAAGGCCCUCCUGGUCAAGGGCAUCCGUAUCAAGCCGCUCGUGCUCCUUGUCUUGAUCCAGUUCACGUACACGAUGCUGACGCUGAUUCCGAUGCACUUCGCCUACCAAAACUUCUACGUCCACUCGGCGGUUCUCUUCUUCGUCUUCUGCGCCUGCACCUGGUAUGGCGCCACCUUCUACUUCGAGGUGUUCAGCGAGAGCUACUCGAAGCGUCUCUCGACCCGCUUGAAGAGCGGGACCAGCGAGGCCAAGGAGAAGGCCAAGGAGAAGGAGAAGGCCAAGAAGGGACUCCCCACCAAGAACUCCUUCCUCUCGUUCUGCAGCUUCUUCGUGCCGGCCCUCACCAUCCUCUACUUUCUCAUCGAGCGGGCGCUCGCCUUCGCCACUUGA